AUGGCCCUUUGCAUGAACACCUAUGGUGGCUACAGGUGUGUUUGCAAUGACACAGCUGAUGUGCACGGAUCCCAGUCCUGUGUUGUUGACAGAGUGGAGGCUACAGGUACACAAAGGAACCUUGUUCUGGGUUUGGUUCUGGGUAUCGGCAUUCCUUUGCUCAUCCUCCUUCUCCUGGCUGCACUGGCCUGCAUCUGUUGCAGCAGGAAGACCAUUACUGGAGACCUUCCCGACAUGAUGCCAGACUACAUUCAGGAAAAGUGCAACCCUCCACCAUUCAACUACUCAGACCCGUCUCUGCAGUACGUGACCCACAGCAGCCCUCGGAUCAUAGACAACAUCACACCCAGGCAGCGCCUCCGAUAAUCUGUCCGACCACUAUCACGAACAAUACAAGCCUCUGUUGUCUCAUGACUCCUAUUUAUUUUGUCCCUGAGUGACAUCUGAAGUUUGUCUGGUUCUGUUAAAUGAUUCGUUUAUUGACUGAUACUUAGCUGAUUCCCUUGGGGAGAUUUUUUCUCUGUGUUUAACCCAACCCUGAGGAGCAGGGGGCUGCUAAUGGCCCGUAUGUGAUGUAGCACCUUCCAGGGUUCUACAGCCCCCCAAGGAGCUUUACAACUACAAUGUCGCCACAGCGACCCUGAGGUGCACUGAUGGAGGCGAGGCUGCCAAGCCCCGGCGACCACCGGCAGGCAAGUUGGGUUACUUGUCUUGCCCAAAGGCAACUGCAGCAGAUGGAGCUCAAACCUGCAACCCUCCAGUCAUGGGGCCAACACUUAACUCCUCUACCACCGUCGCCCUGCUAAAUAACUAAUGACCUAACUAAACAAUUACAACAAACUGUGGAAAAUAAAUAAAUUAAUGGAAUCAAUGUAAAAAAUAUAAAUACAAAAUAAAAACAAUAAUCUGAAAUCCUUCGGUGCAAAGGAAAUAAAACCUUUUCUCACUCUGACUGAGCUCCAGAUAAUUAAACCCAUCAGCGUCAGAAUAAAACGGGACCAGCAGCUAAACAAGAACAUGAUAAAACAUCAUUUUAUUUCAGACUCUGACUAUUUUGUCCGAAUACAUUUAUUUGCUGCAGAAAACAAUCUCACUACCUGUCAGCUUCUUAAACGACCACACCUACAAACAGCAGGUUAAACACGUCGGCCAGGUGAGCUCACCUGUUCUAGGACAGGCAGAGGAAGAGGAACUCAGAUUCUGUUUCCCCACAUUUGUGUUGUGUCGGAAACCAAAAGUUUUUGUUUGUCUGUAAGCAAAAAGGGUCUGAAACAAAGUCCU